GCAUUUCCUUGCUGGUCCACCCGGCGGCGGACUAGAAGGCGGCGGGGCGCCGCCGGCGGUCGUCGAUCAAGCCGGUGCUGCAGCGCGAGAUAACGUUGGCGUCGCUCGACAGCGAGGCCAGCCGGCUUGUGAGGGGCCUCGCGGAGCCUGGCAUUAUGAGCAACGUCGUCCCAGACGACACGCCCGCGACUCGCGUCGUGCGGUGGAGGAUGAAUAUUCCGGGAGAGUUCGAGGACGACGGCACGCCCGUUCCCGAGGGCACGCCCAAGGCCACCGGCUCGAAACCCGCCACUC